CUUCACUCCCUCAACAUCGCGGCGAAGUAUCACGGCACCACCCUGCCUCCGCCACGCCACGCCCCGCAAGAUGCGCACCGCACUCUCCCCCGUUCUCGCCUCGCUGGCGAACGUCUUCCGCAUCCCCUUGUCGCAGACUGCCUCCCGCCCGGCCGCCGCCGCCGCCGCCCUCAGCCGGGUCAAUGGUAGCAGCAGCAGCAACAGCAACAGCAACAGCAGCAGACAAUUCUCGACGACGAGCGCAAUGGCCAAGCGCAAGAACGCCGGUCCCGCGCGGGACAAGCGAAUCACAAUGAUCCGCUACUUCCUCCACCACCCCCUCACCCCGCGCCCCCUCCGCUUCAGCCGCACCCGCUUCCUGCGGCACUGGACGAUCCACCGCGCGUGGCACCUGUACCAGGCGCAGCGGCGGCGGGCCGAGACGCUGGAGCUGGAGCGCCAGUGGCACGCGAUGCGCGCCGCGUGCGAGGAGCUGCGCACCGGCGCCGGCGACGGCGGCAAGCUGUUCCGGAAGAGCAUGAUCAAGACGGGCAUCUUCAAGGACUUGUUCCCCAUCGAGUACGCCCGCCUGCAGACCGAGGGCCCCUCGCGGGAGGGGUGGAAUCAUGAGUGGAAGGCUUUGAAAAAUAAAUCCCAUUAAAUCUUAAGGGGGCAUUGGAGGUUCUUUCCGGGGGUGGAUUCGGCGGUGUAGAGUACAGUACAUCUAUCCUCGCUUGUGGGGAGGGGUUGGGUUGGCUUUGGUUGUGAGAUCGUCGUUCUUCUGUCGUGUAUAUUAGUACGUACCUGCUUCUAUCAUAUCUGG